AUGGCUGCUGUCGACCCGAGCUUCCCUGCUCUACCCAUCGCAUUCCUUUUAUCCGCUGUACUGCUCCUUUUCGUGCUCUUGACCAGCUUCAUGCAGCGAAGCUGGAAUCUCGGGAUAACGUUCCUGUGCUUCUGGCUUUUCGUCGACAACAUCACCACUGCCAUAAACAUGAUAAUCUGGUCUGACAAUGCCGAUAUCAAGUUAUACGUGUAUUGCGAUAUCGUAACUCACACGCAAGUAAUCGCCUAUGUUGUCAAACCCAUGGCGACUCUCAUAAUCACCCGCCGGCUCUAUAUGGUUGCGAGCCUCCAGUCGACGGGCCAAGCCAGCGACGGAAAGGAAAGGAAAGCUCUUCUUAUAGAAUGGACUCUGGGUUUGGUCAUUCCUUUGCUCGUUGCAGGUCCUUUAUACUACGUAGAGCAGACCGCCCGUUUCCAAGUCGUCGAAGGAUUCGGAUGCGGGAAUGCCCGAGACAGCGCGAUCCUUGAUAUGUUGAUCCUCCAAUCAUGGAACAUCAUCCCGCCUCUUCUAUCCGUCAUCAUCUACUACCCGAGAGUGGCGCGAGUGUUCUUUCUGCAGUAUCGGGACAGCAUUCGGCUCCUACGCGGCGAGGGCCCGGGCACACGCAAGAACCAUCUCCGCAUCCUCGCGCUCGCCAGCAUCGACAUACUGUUCACGUUACCGAUCGGCAUCGCGAGCCUCAUGUUGAACGUAAAGGAGCUCCUUGACGUCGGCGUAUUUCCUUUCUACCCCGGCUGGAGCGUCGUGCACAACUACUGGGAACCGCUCAGCGUGCCGUACUCGGAGUUGCAGGCCAUCGGGAGUUAUGCCAUCGCUCUGCAAUACAUCACGUACUGGGCGUCUCCGACUUUAGCGUUUGCGAUCUUCGGCCUUUUCGGGUUGACUGUGGAGGCUCGCACGUCGUAUUCGCGCCUAGUCGAGAUGAUUGCCGGGCGGUUCCAGUGGAGGCGUAGCUCACGCGCUGUUAUGCGCGGAGUUUCGUCCACAACUUCUAUGGAUCCCUCUGCGGAUGUCGACGAGUCGUCGCAUGAGACGUUGUCAUUUGACGUCGAGAUGGGCUUUCCCGCGCGCGCCUCUCUCGUCGAGGGGGUGGCCGCUUUGGGCACGCACGGUGCCUACGCGUACCCAAAGUGA